UCAGCCCUACUGUGACAGGUAGUUUGUGUCUUUUUGGAGCUUUGAACAUCAAACAUCAAUCGAAAUUAGGCACAACAAUAUCAGUAUAGAAAAGGUCGGUGUGUAAAGUUUUGAUUAUUUUUUGUUUGUUCCUGCUGUAAUGUCGGUUGCCGCAGCAGCGCGUGAACAAAGUGAUGUACUGACGCAAUUGAACGAACUUUGGCGCAGCAUAGAGCAGGAGAUACGGACCCACCGUCACGAACAGGAACGCACCCGGACGGUACUGCAGGAGCAGCUUGAAUGUGUGCAAAGCCAGGCACCCGACAAGCUCGCCGCGGAAACGGUUGCUGAGCCGGAUUACAAACGUGUCAGCGAUGAAGUGAUCCGGAACCAGCAGAAUCAAAUUCAGCUGAUCAAAGAGGAAAAAGAUACGUUUGAGAAGCUGUGGCAAAGCUCUCAGCGAACCAUUCGCAUUUUGGAGCUCGAAAUUCAUGAGUACCGGCGGCAAUUGAAGCAGCCUAAAGGUAUACUCGAGGUACGGCAACAGUACGUGGCAGCCGUGCAGCUGCUCGAACAAAAUCUGACGGGCGUGCGGGCAUCGCUGGAUGAAAAAAUAGCCGAAAACCGACACCUGCAGAACGAGCAGCGGACGGCAAAGGAGCGUAUGCAGGAGCUGGAGGAAGAACUGAAAGAGCAAAGGCGCGAGACGGAAGCACUAACGAAGGCAAUCGACGAGCUGCGGACAGGCGAGUGUCAGCUGCGCACCGAGCUCGAACGUACGAUGCGGGACAAGUCGGAGCUGGAGACGCUGCUCGAUACGGCUGCCGCACUGGCCCGGCAGCACAUGAGCCGGGAAAAUCUCGCCCUUGCCAAGGUGCAGGAAGCGCUCCAGAUAGCGGACAGUGCGAUCGAGGAGAAGAACUGUGUGGUGCGCCGCGAACAGGAUGCCCGGGAGGAGUGUGACUUUCUAGCGUCCACCAUCGGGCAGGUGAUGGAGGAGGCCGCCCGCAAGGUGGAGCACGAGCUCGGCGGACUGCGCAGUGGGUACGAGCGGCGGAUUGGGGAGUUGGAGCGCGCUCUUGACCAGACGCGGUCCACACUGGAGACGCAGGUCCAGCGCACGAGCCAGGCCGAGACGCGGGCCCGCACGGUGGAGGAGAAGUUUCGCGCGCUGCUCAAAACCAACCAAAACCUCGACACCGAUCUGCGGGCAGCGUCAAAGAUGAUUAUUGAAAUGGAACUCAAGAUGGAAGCACUUCAGAAAACGAUGGCGAAGGAAAAAGAAACCAACCGAGCGUGCAGUGCACGCGAGGAAGACCUGCAGCGCCUGUUGGCCAACAGCGAACAGCUGAAGGAGCGCUGGAAGCGCGAGAUGCUUUCGGUAACCGACGAGCUGCGGCGAAAGAUGGAAACGAUGCAGCGAGAGAAUUGCAAGCUGACAGCGGAAAACAAUCAAUUAAAGGAUCAGCUAUUAAUGGCAUCGUCACCGUCGGUGGCGAUGGUGUCGGCGGUUGGCAGCGAUGGAUGCGCCCACUUGUCGUUGGUCACGGUCGGUGCCGUUGAGGGCGAGUCGUCAAACGUUCAACCCUGAGAGAAAGGGGUUGCGCUCACCAUGGUACUGCUGCCAGCACAAAUUUCCUACCCACAGCCACAACCGACGGUACUUCGCGGCAGCACCAGAGGAUGAAUUCCAUUAGCGAGAGAUGGGACUGGCCAUCGGGAUCGGUGAAACUAGGGCAAACAAAAGGAAACCCUCACGGGGGUUGUAAUGAUGCCAAGUUUACUGGGCCACGGACUAUGUGGGUCCGCAAUACAAUCGAUCGACAAAAAGAAAGCGUAAUUGAUCGGCUCAACGUUAAGCACUGGACGGAGUACUCACUUACGACCCCAUCCGGAAGAUAAGGACGGUUUCCAUCAAUAGCAAAACUGGGGGGAAGUUAGUGUUUGUGGCAAAACUUUUCCAGUAUCUAUUUCAGCGCUAUUGAAACGCAUCGUGGCUAUCGACAACGCGUACCCUUUUACCGAAUGGCUACGAAUGGCCAUAAUUAGCCGUAAUCAGCAUCGUAAUGAGCAUUUUUCCACCCCACCGUAAACGAUCUAAGUUCAACAACUGUAUUGUGCUUGGUUUUGGGAAAACUUGCCGCUUCCGUUGGCGUCGUUUAGUUGGCUGGAAAUAAGUACCAAGUCAUAGAUAUUAAAUAACGUUUUGUUUCCAUCAUCGAGUGGCCAUUGUUGGGGUGAUGCUCAUUAAGGGGAAGUAUUGUGCGUUAUUAUGCGAACGAGUGAAGAGGCUGGGCACUUGACUGAUUGUUUGCGUGCAGAGAUUGCAAGUAUUUAAUAUGCAUUCACUUUUUCGUACAAAUAAAGGAGUCUUGAUCAGAUUCUUGCAAUACUGA